GUUUAUAAGACGUCCAUGUCAAUAAGCUCGACAGUAGCUACACGGUGCACCGCGGAGGGAUAUGACUUGCACAUCGAAACGCGUGUGUAUAAAGAUUCCGGUCAAAUAAAAGGAAGUCCCUUUCCUUUUUCCUGCGUCAGAGAGCAGAGGGGACACUUAUUUGGUUGCAUUUUAUUCAAGAAAAAGUCAACACAACAAUCAAGAUGCCUGAAGAAAUGCACCAAGAGGAAGGCUGAGACCUUUGCCUUCCAGGCAGAGAUCGCUCAGCUGAUGUCCCUGAUCAUCAACACUUUCUACUCCAACAAAGAGAUCUUCCUUAGGGAAUUGAUCUCCAAUGCCUCUGAUGCUUUGGACAAAAUUCGCUACGAAAGCCUGACCGAUCCCACCAAGCUCGACAACGGCAAGGAUCUGAAAAUUGAAAUAAUUCCCAACAAAGCCGACCGCACACUCACUCUCAUCGACACUGGAAUUGGCAUGACCAAAGCCGACCUGAUCAACAACCUGGGAACCAUCGCCAAGUCUGGCACCAAGGCCUUCAUGGAGGCCUUGCAGGCUGGAGCUGACAUCUCCAUGAUCGGCCAGUUUGGUGUGGGUUUCUACUCCGCCUACCUCGUCGCUGAGAAAGUGGUGGUCAUCACCAAACACAACGACGACGAGCAGUACGCCUGGGAGUCCUCUGCCGGCGGCUCCUUCACAGUCAAGGUUGACAGCGGAGAGCCAAUGGGCCGUGGAACCAAGAUCGUCCUGCAUUUGAAGGAGGACCAGACUGAGUACGUUGAGGAGAAGCGAGUGAAGGAAAUCGUCAAGAAGCACUCUCAGUUCAUCGGCUACCCCAUCACCCUCUUUGUGGAGAAGGAGCGCGACAAGGAGAUCAGCGACGACGAGGCCGAGGAGGACAAGCCCGAGAAGGAGGAAAAGGAGGAAACCGAGGAAGACGACAAGCCCAAGAUCGAAGAUGUCGGCUCAGAGGACGAAGAAGACUCCAAAGACAAGGACAAGAAGAAGAAAAAGAAGAUCAAGGAGAAGUACAUCGACCAGGAGGAGCUGAACAAGACCAAGCCCAUCUGGACCAGGAACCCCGACGACAUCACAAAUGAGGAGUACGGCGAGUUCUACAAGAGUCUCACCAACGACUGGGAGGACCACCUUGCUGUGAAGCACUUCUCCGUGGAAGGCCAGCUGGAGUUCCGCGCCUUGCUCUUCAUUCCUCGCCGUGCACCAUUUGAUCUCUUUGAAAACAAGAAGAAGAAGAACAACAUCAAGCUGUACGUCAGGAGAGUCUUCAUCAUGGACAACUGCGAAGAGCUCAUCCCAGAGUACUUGAACUUUGUUCGCGGGGUGGUGGACUCUGAGGAUCUGCCCCUCAACAUCUCCAGAGAGAUGCUCCAACAAAGCAAGAUCCUGAAAGUCAUCCGCAAGAACAUCGUCAAGAAGUGUCUGGAGCUUUUCGCAGAGCUGGCGGAGGACAAGGAGAACUACAAGAAGUUCUAUGAAGGCUUCUCCAAGAACAUCAAGCUUGGCAUCCAUGAGGAUUCUCAAAACCGCAAGAAGCUGUCAGAGUUGCUCCGUUACCACAGCUCCCAGUCUGGAGACGAGACCACCUCCCUCACAGAGUACCUCACCCGUAUGAAGGACAACCAGAAGUCCAUCUAUUACAUCACUGGUGAGAGCAAGGAUCAGGUGGCCAACUCGGCCUUCGUGGAGCGUGUCCGCAAGCGCGGCUUUGAGGUCCUGUACAUGACGGAGCCCAUCGACGAGUACUGUGUGCAGCAGCUGAAGGAGUUUGACGGCAAGAGCCUUGUCUCGGUCACCAAGGAGGGCCUGGAGCUCCCUGAGGACGAGGAGGAGAAGAAAAAGAUGGAGGAGGACAAGGCCAAGUUUGAGAACCUGUGCAAGCUCAUGAAGGAGAUCCUGGACAAGAAAGUAGAGAAGGUGACAGUUUCCAACCGCCUGGUGUCGUCGCCAUGCUGCAUCGUAACCAGCACCUACGGCUGGACUGCAAACAUGGAGAGGAUCAUGAAGGCCCAGGCCCUCAGGGACAACUCCACCAUGGGCUACAUGAUGGCCAAGAAGCACCUGGAGAUCAACCCAGACCACCCCAUCAUGGAGACUCUGCGCAAGAAGGCCGAUGCAGACAAGAACGACAAGGCCGUGAAGGACCUGGUCAUCCUGCUGUUUGAGACCGCCCUGCUGUCCUCCGGCUUCUCCCUGGACGACCCACAGACUCACUCCAACCGCAUCUACAGAAUGAUCAAACUCGGCCUUGGUAUCGAUGACGAUGAGGCGCCCAUCGAGGAGACCACGACGACAUCGGUCCCAGAUGAGAUUCCACCACUAGAAGGCGACGGCGAAGAUGACGCUUCACGCAUGGAAGAAGUUGAUUAAACAAACCCCCAGAAUUCCAUCACUUGGCCUCAUGUUUUCAACUGUUCCUCGUUUAAACUGCAGUAACUUUAAAAUAGUCAUCCAUGUUGUUUGGUGGACCACUGUUGCUCUUGUUGGAGCAUUUAUCUGCAAGACCCCCCCUUAUUUUUUCUAAAAAAAAAUGAAACUGUUUUGGUUUUUGCUGUAAAAGUUACCGGUGGCAGCACAUUUAUCAAGUUACCCCAUUGCACUGAGUUUUAAAUGUCGGGCGUGAACAUCAGAGAUGCUACAUUCCAUUACCAGGUCCGGUGAAGGUUAGAGUGGGUUCUGCUCAUCUGCACGCUGCAUGGAGAGUGAGACAGAGCGGACUGACUGUAAGAUUCCUUUGCCUGACUCCAGGCUUUCUGUAUUCCAAGUAUUGUUUUGCAAAAAUAAAAGAUGCAAUACCUGA